AUGCGAAUCCUCGGUAGUACGGCUGUGGCCUUGAGCUUCCUCUCUGCUGCCACUGCAAAUCUCCAUACUCGAUCCUAUGAUACCCAUGAGUUCUUCGCCCUCCACCUCGACGACUCCGCCUCCCCCUCCCAUAUUGCGCAAUUACUAGGUGCUCACCACGAAGGUCAAAUCGGAGAGCUCGCCAACCAUCACACAUUCUCGAUACCCCGGGAUAGCAGUUCGAAUUUAGAUACGCUGCUGGAACGCGCACGCACGUGGAGGAAGCUUCGGCGGCGUUCCGGCAACGAUGCCCCGUCGCUACAGGAGGGUAACGAUGGAUUAGAGGGCAUCCUCUGGUCGCAGAAGCUUGCACCGAAACAGCGACUGCAGAAACGAGCACCACCCCCCGAGAAGCUUUCCAGAGCCCGCGCGACCACCGAGACAGAAGACCCUAUUGCUGUUCAGGAUCGGAAGCGCAUUUCCACCACCCUCGGAAUCGCGGAUCCUAUCUUUGGUGACCAGUGGCACUUAUUCAACGCGGUACAACUGGGCCAUGACUUGAAUGUCACGGGUGUGUGGAUGGAGGGCAUAACCGGGAAGGGUGUCACGACGGCAGUGGUGGAUGAUGGCCUGGACAUGUACAGCAAUGACCUGAAGCCGAACUACUUUGCUGAGGGCUCUUACGACUUCAACGAUCACACGCCGGAACCCAGGCCGCGUCUCACUGACGACAAACACGGUACGAGAUGCGCUGGUGAGAUUGCGGCAGCUCGAAACGAUGUGUGUGGAGUGGGUGUCGCCUACGACAGUAGAAUCGCAGGAGUUCGCAUUUUGUCCAAGGCGAUCGACGAUGCGGACGAGGCCAAGGCCAUCAAUUUCGCUUACCAGGAGAAUGAUAUUUUCUCGUGCUCUUGGGGCCCUCCUGAUGAUGGCGCGACUAUGGAAGCACCUGGCGUCCUGAUCAAGCGGGCCUUGGUCAACGGCGUCCAAAACGGUCGUGGUGGGAAAGGCUCCAUCUUUGUGUUCGCAGCCGGAAACGGUGCGAGUUUCGAUGACAAUUGCAACUUCGAUGGCUAUACGAAUAGUAUCUACAGUAUCACAGUGGGCGCUAUUGAUCGGGAAGGGAAGCACCCCAGCUAUUCGGAGUCGUGCUCCGCCCAGUUGGUGGUGGCUUACAGCAGUGGCUCGAGUGACGCGAUCCAUACAACCGACGUUGGGGCCGACAAAUGCUACUCGUUUCACGGCGGAACGUCGGCGGCAGGACCUCUGGCUGCGGGCACAGUGGCAUUGGCUCUCAGCGCUCGGCCAGAGCUGACAUGGCGCGAUGCCCAGUACCUGUUGGUGGAGACUUCCGUCCCGGUUCACGAAGAUGAUGGCAGCUGGCAAGUCACCAAGUCUGGCAGGAAAUUCAGUCAUGACUGGGGCUAUGGCAAAGUCGAUGCUUACUCUCUGGUCCAAAAGGCAAAAACCUGGGAACUUGUGAAGCCACAGGCCUGGUAUCAUUCCCCUUGGCUCCGGGUGAAGAAUGCAAUUCCGCAGGGUAAUCAGGGCCUGGCCAGCUCUCACGAGGUGACUGAAGAGAUGAUGAAGACAGCGAAUAUUGCGAGGUUGGAGCACGUAACUGUCACCAUGAAUGUCAACCACACCCGCCGUGGCGAUUUGAGUGUCGAAUUACGUAGUCCCGACGGCAUUGUCAGUCAUCUCAGCACUACCAGACGUUCAGAUAAUCAAAAAGCAGGUUAUGUUGACUGGACAUUCAUGACGGUGGCCCAUUGGGGCGAGUCAGGUAUCGGCAAAUGGACAGUCAUUGUCAAAGACACAAACGUCAAUGAGCAUAGCGGUGAAUUUACGGACUGGCGUCUCAACCUCUGGGGCGAGGCCAUCGACGGUACAAACCAAGCACUUCAUCCCUUCCCCGACGGGCACGAUGAUGAUCAUAGCAUCGAAGAUGCCGUCGUGGCGACAACUAGCGUGGAACCAGGUCCUACCAAGACCGGCUCCCCGGACUCCACCGACGAUGCUGUCAACCGCCCUGUCAACGCCAAACCUACUGGAGACCAAGCAUUCGCUCCCGGCACAACGACAACAGCUGAAUUAGCUCCCCCCGCCGAGACCCGGCCCGCCGUCACGGCGACCGCCUCUCCUACGCCCACUGCAGCAUCGGACAGCUUCCUGCCCAGUUUCAUGCCCACGUUCGGCGCUUCCAAGCGCACGCAAAUCUGGAUCUAUGCCGCCAUUAGCUCUAUAAUUGUCUUCUGUAUCGGCCUUGGUGUUUACUUCCAAGUCCAACGACGCAAGCGCAUCCGCAAUAACCCACGCGAUGACUACGACUUUGAAAUGAUUGAAGAUGAGGACGGACUCAACGCUGGCGACGGCCGGACACCCCGCACUCAGCGGCGUGGCGGUGAGCUGUAUAAUGCAUUCGCAGGAGAGAGCGAGGAAGAACCACUGUUCAGCGACGAUGACGAUGAGCCCUAUAGGGAUCGAGCCUUGAGCGAAGACCGGCUCCGCGACACCUCAAGCGAUGAUCAUGCUCGGAGACCUGAUGAUCAUUGA